CGGCCGACUAGACAAGGCUCAGUCUACGCCCGCAUACGAAGGGGAGGACACCGGCGUCGCUCUGCCAGCCUCCGCCACUACUCUCCAUACGCCCGCGUCUAACGCUGACAGUCCCACAAUCUUGGUCCACUCAGCAGAGAAAGCGGACCAGAUCUUGGAGUUCAAGAAGUCCAGCAGCCAGAUAGGAGAGGCGAUCCUACAGCAACGGAAACGAAACGAUGACAAAGAGAAAGUGCUGGAAGCCAUCAACAUCGCUGUUACGGAGCUCAGGCGAAGAUCUACGUUACAUGAGAAUAGCAGCGAUACUGUUGUGAUUAAUCAAACAAGCUUACACGUGGGACCUUCUAGAGUGGGCCGCGUUCCGCGGGAGCCGGGCGUGCUUGGCGUACUGGGUCCGGCAUCGGGGCUGGGGACCGGCCCGGCGCCGGGAACGGGUCCGACGCCGGGGACGGGUCCGACUCCGGGGAUGGGCCCGGGCCCGACGCCGGCCCCGUCGCUGCCCGUGCUGCGCGCCGUGCCGCGGCCUCACUCCCCGCCCCCGCCCAGACCCACCAGGCUGCUGCACGCCUCACAGAUAUCCCUCCCAUUACGUCAUAUAACGAAACACGACAUAAUGGUUAUCCCAAGUGAACGGCGCGAACUACCCCCCAUCAACCUAGAGAUCGAGUCCCCAUCGUCCACCACACCUCCGCAGACGAUGGACUUUCGCCCCGCCAGGAGGGACGGAUGCCACGAAGUAGUAGAGAUGAAAGCUCUGACGCUGUCCCCUUCUGCGGGCGUCGUCAAGAGUAUCUUCCCCACUUCCAAAUCUAGGAGUUUGAAGAAGAAGAACUCGAUACUUGCUAAACGUCGCUGCAUCCCGCUACGCAGCUUGCUAGGCUCGGGCGGGGACGGGUCCGGGUCCGGGUCCGGGGCCGGGGCCGGGGCCGGGGCCGGGGCCGGGGCCGGGGCCGGCGUGGCAGCGCGUGAAGGCGCGCGGCGCGGCCACGGCGCGCUGGGUGCCGCGACACCUGCUGCUGGCGCACGACACGCUCUACGCGUACCGCUCCACCUGUUGCUCGAAAGCGGACUGCAUGAUUAACCUGGAAGGCUUCACGGUGUGCGCCGCGUCCGAGGUGAAGUCCCGCGCGCACGCGUGGAAGGUGUACCACACCGGCACCGCCUUCUACUUCGCCGCCCACUCGCAGCAAGAGAUGCUGGGCUGGAUCCGGGCCCUCGCCGCCCACGCCCUGCGUGACGCGCCCUACACGCAGUUGGAUAUAUCCCAACAAUUCUCCGAGACCGAUUACUCGGACACGGAGUCCGACAACGAGAACUCGGAGCGGCGCGAGCGAGAGAGAGAGUCGCGGGAGCAGUGCGAGAGGGACAGGGACAGGGACAGGGACAAGGACAAGUCCAAGUUCGGCUCGUUGAAGAAGCUCACGGGCCGCAUGCAGCGCAGCGAGUCCUCCGACAACGUGGGCCACUCCACCAGUCUGGACCGGAAGUAUCUGAGGUUCUUCUCGAGGCAUAAGAAUAAGGACGAGUCUAAGCCCAGCAAGAUAAAGCAACCAGUCCCCAUUCCCACUGAGCAGUACCGCAGCUACAGACGGGCUCCCUCACCGGCCACUGCGGGAGGGACAGGGACGGCUAUAGCCGCGGGACAGGGACAGAAGGCCUCCCCUCCCCCUGCCCCUGCCCCUGCCCCUGCCCCUGCCCCUCCCUCCAUCGCUGCCCCGCGGCAGCUCACGCUGGAGGAGCUCAUGCUGGCCGAGCAGGACACGAGACAGAUGUACACGGAUCGCGUGGUGCUGGGGGUCCAGACAGACCUACAGAGACGCCUGGAUAGCGUGGUGCCCGACGUCGUAUACUCGCAGCUGCCCACGCCUGGGACGCAGAAUCGAAGCCUGUCCCGUACUGAUCGACCGCGCGUUCCUCGCUCGUCGUCUCGCGAGGCCCGCAUUACUCCAUCUACAGCGAAAGACGGGCAGGAGAAGUGUUCUCCCCCAGUAAGCGGUGGAGGGGACGCCCCCCCGUCGGUGGAGAGUCCGCACGAGAGAUGGCGAGACUCCUUGCGUAGAAAUCACAAGGUGCAUAGUGCUCAACACAAACCGAGUCCUUCGGCAUCUCCUUCGGGCGCGAGUUGGGGCGGGGCCAAUACGGGCGCGGCGCCGGGCGGAGUGUCUCGCCUAAGGCUGGUGUUUGGGGCCGCGCCACAGUACCCGCACUUGCAGUGCCCCCCCACGUUCCAGCCGGAGAGCUACUCGCUGGCCCGCCUCGCUCCCACGCGCGCGCCGCCCGCGCCCCCCUCCUAGCCCCCGCCGGGCCCCCUCCCCGCCCCUAGCACACGCAGUGCCCCCCCCCACGCUCCAGCCGGAGAGCUACUCGCUGGCCCGCCUCGCUCCCACGCGCGCGCCGCCCGCGCCCCCCUCCUAGCCCCCGCCGGGCCCCCUCCCCGCCCCUAGCACACGCAGUGCCCCCCCCCACGCUCCAGCCGGAGAGCUACUCGCUGGCCCGCCUCGCUCCCACGCGCGCGCCGCCCGCGCCCCCCUCCUAGCCCCCGCCGGGCCCCCUCCCCGCCCCUAGCACACGCAGUGCCCCCCCCCCACGCUCCAGCCGGAGAGCUACUCGCUGGCCCGCCUCGCUCCCACGCGCGCGCCGCCCGCGCCCCCCUCCUAGCCCCCGCCGGGCCCCCUCCCCGCCCCUAGCACACGCAGUGCCCCCCCCCCACGCUCCAGCCGGAGAGCUACUCGCUGGCCCGCCUCGCUCCCACGCGCGCGCCGCCCGCGCCCCCCUCCUAGCCCCCGCCGGGCCCCCUCCCCGCCCCUAGCACACGCAGUGCCCCCCCCCACGCUCCAGCCGGAGAGCUACUCGCUGGCCCGCCUCGCUCCCACGCGCGCGCCGCCCGCGCCCCCCUCCUAGCCCCCGCCGGGCCCCCUCCCCGCCCCUAGCACACGCAGUGCCCCCCCCCCACGCUCCAGCCGGAGAGCUACUCGCUCCGGAUAGAAGACGACCAUUCGACGCGUCUUACCAGAGACGGAAGGUUUUUUACUAGAAGAGCUGAGCAGCGACUGUUGGCAAUGUUUAUUUAUAUUUACUAUCUGUCAACUUGACAACAGUCUCUCCUUUUUAUUCCAACUAAAUUAUGAUAAGGACGAUCUGCUGUCAAAAUAAGAGAUUUGAAAUAAAUUUGUAUAACCAUGUGAAACAUCAUAAAACACGACCCUAACACUAACGAUAGUCACAAUGUAGUAGUCUGUUUAAUGAUUGAGGUAGACUUGAUUGACUUCCAAAACACUUUGAAUUGGAUCUGUACUGUUAUGAAUAAAAUAGAUAAAUAACUAGAAAAUAUCAUAAAGGAAUUUAUAAUUAAUCACAUGUCCGUCACUAAUCAAGUAGGGGAACCACUAAGAUGAAGGCGUGGGAGCCUCCCGCUCCCCUGCCCCUCGCAUGACGUCACGAAGGUGCUUACGCAGCUGACGUCGCUAACUGUACUUAAAAUCGGUUCAUGUAGAAAAAUUACACUUGAAAUAGUGUAAAUAAAGCUUAUGGCGAAUUUGGAAAUAUAAAUAUUAAGUUAAUCUGUGAAUCAACUUCGAUUUGAUAAAAGCUCUAGACCUUUCAUCGACUCUACCUUAAUCAUUAUACUCUAUUCAGCUUACUCUGAGACAAAAGGUUUUUCAACAGAUCUUAUUUUAUACACAUUUAAAAAAUAAUACAUUAAAAAACCUAUCUAUUCCCAAACUUUGAACUCAUUAUAAUAUAAUACUACAAAAUUUGAGGUUUUGUAAUCAGUCUGAUUACACCGGCCAUCUUGACUCUCGAUAAGGUUUGUAAAACAUCGGUUUAAGUUUAAUUAUUUUGUCGGAGAAGAAGUUGAAUAGAGCAGAUUAUUCUGACACUGCUCUUAUAAUUAAACGCUAUUAUUAUCUGACAAUACAUAAAAAGCUGCGCAACAUAGACUUUUGAUAUUAUUGAUAUCUACUACGUUGUUCGUGGCUGUAUAUUAAAAAAAAAGCAAUGUAUAUAUAUAUAUAUAUAUCAUUGUGAAACCGUAUGAUGCAUUAUAGAAAGUUAACGUAACAUAUCUUUUUAUAUGCGUAAUGAUAUUCAACAACUAGGAACUGACAAAAGGUCUUAUGAGUAAUAGAACAAUGUGAUUGAGUGAGAGAGAACGGUUGACUGAUUUCAAAUGUUUGAAUUCAACAAGUUUUUCGUGUAAUUGUGAAUCGCUUUAAAUUUUUCGGGUUUUACUGAUAUCGGAUAAGGCUAAUAAAAACAUAUAGAGGUAAUGUGUUAUCUUUUUUAAAGCAAAAUCUGUAAAAUAGUAGCUUAUUCUUUGUCAUAAACUUUUGACCAGGUUACUGUUAAAACAGUUACUAUUUAUUGAUAAUAGUCCAUUGAAACAAAUUUUGAUAUAUUGUUGAUCAUCUAAGAAAUUAAAUAGUUAUAAUAUGAUGUUUUAUUCCUUAUUUUAAUGGAGUAUUUGACAGGAUGAAAAAUAAAGUACCAAUUGUUGGCAUGUAAAUUUAAUAUGAUUAUAAGCUUUAAACCUUCUAAAAAAACAUUAAACAGAAAUGAUGUUCUGUGGUCACGUGACCGAAAACGCCUGGUAUUGGCUAAGACCAAAAUGACGUCACACGCUAGAAAAAAGUGACAUUGCAUUGUAUCGUUUGACGUUUUAAUGACAUUCGUUUGUCGUCAUAUGCUAGUGAGAGAUCAUAAUGUCCAGAGAAACGUUUUCGUGGCACCUUGAAAAUUUAACUUUUGAUUGUUUUCAUUUUUUACUGAAAAUACUCGACAAAAUGAUGAAUAUCCACUAUUUAUUGACUACGUUAACAUUAGUAAAUAACGUGAGAUCGUUUUCUAAAACCUGUCAAAUACCCCAUUCUGUACUUUGUGAAAUAAUUUACCUAAACAUCACUGCUCAAUGCCUAAUAAACAUAUUUAUUGUUUUCAAUAAUAAAACUAAGGUAGCAAAAAAACUUGCUAUAAUUACAAUUAUUUUUAAACCUUUAAAAGGUACUGAUCUUCAUAAACACAUGUUGUACAACUAGCGGUGCUUAAGUAACUUAAUGCUCAGUAAUUCAGCACAAAUUGUAUUAUUUAUUUCUAGUACAAUUCGUAGCACUUUUAGUUGCUAAUGUGUUAAAUUAUGGUGCUGCAUUUCAUGUCCUAAUAUUUAUAAUUAGAUACUUUAUAGAAUGCGUGCUAAAAGUACUACAUAUUUGCUUUAACGAUGUAUACGUAAUAUGUAAAAAUUAGAAAUUUUUAGCUAUUUUUUGAAACGCGAUACACGUAAUUGUAUUUUAGACAUACAUAGAUAGAUAAAAUAAAAAUUACUUUGGAACAAUAAAUUGAAUUGUAAUAUGUAUUUUAAAAGAAUUAUAUUUAAAUAUUACAUGCGUUCACAAAUUAUGCUCAGUAGUAUGUUGCAAAAUAUACUAAAAGUUACUACAUAUAAUGCGCUAAUAAACUUGUAAUUUUAUAUUAAUUACGCAUUUUAUGUAAACAAAAAUAGAAGAAAUCGUAAUAACUUUACCAUUCAUAGGGGUAAUUUCAUUUAAGUUGGCAUACAUUACGAUGAUAAAUCGUGUGAGUUCUAAUUUCAUCGUAGGAGAAUACUUUAUUAAUGAACUCGAGUGAGUACGGCACCCGUAGCACGAACCAAUAUCGAAUUUGAAAAGGUGGUCGAGUCGGUGGUAAUAUGGGACCGGGACCGCGGUAAUUCAUAAUUAUUUUUGAGGCGGCAAUUGGGAUCGAAGCUGGUGGUCCCGAAUGACACCUCUGUUUAAUAAUUAUUUUGAGUGGUAAGUUGAAACUAAAAAUAAAGAGAAAAGUGUUUGAUCAAGUCGAUCACAAUACGCGUCGAUAUUGGUUCGAUUCUUAUUCGAUAUUGGUUCGAGAUAAGGGUACAGAGGAAAUAAGUCCUAAAAGUGUAGACAGCACAUCACAAUGCCUAUUUUUCAAUUCUUUUAGGUUUAUGCCUUAUAAGUCUUUGACGGUGCAAAUAUUUUCAAAACAGGUGUUUUACAUGACUGAAUACCAAACCUAUGACGUCCAAUACUACAAGUAGAUAGAUAAAAUUUUUAAUCAAUAACUAAAUAAAAACCAACGCUAAAUGUAUAAAAAAUAGUUUUCGGUCGUUUCCAACAAAUAUCCUUCUCUGACUCAUCAUAGUCUCAUUACUAAUCGUCGUAUUUAUAAACAAUUAAAACUUUUUUCUGCCUCUCUUAAACGUUAAUUAUAUCUUGAUAGCAUUCGCGAAAGGGACAUUCUUACGUCGUCAUUUGCGUUUCGUUUUUAUAUUGGUCCGAGUUAUGACCAAGUAAUAGUCACUAUUUUUGUUGUUAAAAACCCAUUUUUUAGUGAAGAAUUCUAGUGUCAAAAAGUGAUUUCUUUACUAAGCAACAAGUUAUUACUUGUUUAAUAAAAAUACGACAGUAAGAGAACAUCGUUUUUGCUUCAACAAUAACAUGUAUAUUUUUAGUUUUAUUAAACGUUAAGGUAACUGGAAAUAAGUCGUUGAGUAUGGCCGCUAGAGGGAUCCAUUUUAUCUGAUCCUGUCAGGUAGCGUAGUCUACCCUAUGUAUUCUUUGGAUAUGCUUUGGGACUAAGAGCCGUUACGCACUGUCGACAGGUCGCCGGCGACCAAAACAUAGGCAACUAGGGCCGGAGACCAAGUCGAGCUACAGUAUUCCAAGUACAUUCGAUUUCCACGUCCAGUCGUUACGGCUUGUAUACCGGUUAAUUUUCAAACCUAAAUCAGUCAAGUACAUUAGGAGCGUUUUAUUUAGGUUUGGCUGUACCUUACCCUUAAAAAAACCGGUUUUCCUAAAGAGCGAAACAAAUAGGUUUUGAAUCAAUUUAGCGGUUUUUAAAGGGUUUCGUUUCGAUCUUUCUGACGGCAUCGAUAAUAAAUGAAUAACUUGACUCACUAGACGGUAGCAAACGUGUCAAUAAAUGUAUUAAUCUUUGAGCAUUAACAAGUUGUGACUUGAUUAGUUCAAACAAAACAAACUUCAAGCGAUACCAACGCGUGCACGUGUCGCUCUGGACUAAACCGGUUUAUUAAGGUUUUAGGUACCGCUUUCAUUUCGGACGCGCUCCGAACGAAACCUUUACUAAAAACCAGUAUUAACCUUUAUUUACCGGUAUUUUCGAAACCGGUUUCAAGCCCUGGUUACGACAGUCGCUCGCAGUGUAAAUGCUUCCAUUUGAAGCCGUGCUCCUAUUGGUCGCCGACCGGCAGUCGUUGUGUGUCGCCACUACGCGGCGAGUCGUCGAGUAACCCGGGCGACCGACGACCAAGUGCGUAAACACCUAUUUAAAACUAUAGUAAGUGAUAGUCGCCAUCGACCGAGUCGCCGGCGACCAGUCGACUGUGCGUAAUGACUUUAAAGUCUCGUUGUUUGAUACAUAUUUUAAUGUGGCUAUUAGUCAAUGAAACGUCAAAUGCAUAGUAGAAUUUGUCAAAAAUUGACCAAUGGUUACUUUUACAAAGUUAUUUUAACUGUAGUCACAUUUAACUAUGUUAUAUUAACUAUAUUAUGUUAGAAAGAAAGAAAAAGUAUUUAUUGGCCAUACACGCAAAUACAUAAUAUGUAGAAAAGAGAAAAAAACAAUGAGCUAAAAAACAAUAAAAUUAAACAAAACAGAGAAAUACAAAAGAGAAAGAAGAAUGUCGGAAAUAACGGGCUCUUAGUUUAAGCUUAUUAAAAAUAAUAAUUGCUUACGUAUCUGUAAACCAGUACAGAAACGACAAUAAAUAAAAAAAAAACUUAAAUUUAUAUGACGCUAUAUGUAUGUAUGUUAGUCUUAUCGGAAUGUAUAUUACAUUCUACUUUACAAUGUAAUUCUACAUGUACAAUUGUACAGUUGUAAUAAUGUUAGGAUUAAAAAUAAUUGUAAUAGAUUUCAAGUGACGUCAACGGAAGCUUUAAAUUAAUGGAGAUCAUCUUAUCUAAAACUGAACGUCCCACCACACUUUAGUGUUACUUUUAUCAGCGACCAAAGGGUGCUGCCAAGUUCGUGUCUGGCCGGCGACUGGAUCAACUGAAUGACCAAUGACUAUAGCCAAUUUGAGUGUGUGGCAUCUGUACACUGAUUGUGCAUGUAAGAAUAAAUCAGAUAGGGGCGGGCGUUCAGUUUUAGAUUCGACGAUCUCUACCCGGAAUGCUUGGAUUUUUACCAAAAGUUUAAUAUUCCAUUAGCUGUGUUAUGUAGGUGUAAAAUUAUCAUUACGUAGGUAUACUUAAUAAAAGUUAUAAAAUAAAAAGAUAAUGCUCAAUUGUUUUUAAAGUACUGGCUGUGGAGCUCAAAUCAAUAGCAGUACUAAUCACACACCAGCCUUAUUAUUGUAGAGGUAAUCGAUGCGCAACUUUGAAACUUGUCCAUAUGGGAAUAAGGUUCAAGACCUAAAUGUUAACUUAUACCGAAAAAUUACCGAUUGAAACUUGGUAAACCUUUGUGUGAAUUAUUAAUUAACUUCGUUUUUGGUCUUUCUUUCAUAUUCGUGUAAUGCUCCAAGAAUAGUGACGCCUUUUCUAUUUUUUUUUUCUAUAUGGCUUCGCACGGUUUGUGUAUUUAGCCAAUGUCAAGUGUAAAAUGUUUACAUAUUCUAUAGCACUCGUGGUCAAAAUAUUAGUCAAGUCAAAGUAAGUGGCAGUCAAGUCUAUCCCCCUUUCCCUAUGUUUCAGUAAAUGUGUGGGGAUUUACUGGAACCUCCCCGUGGACUUCUUGAGAGAACGUCGAAAGACACUUUCCGCUAUUUUGUUUCACUUGCCAACACUUGUGCAUGUUUCCGAACACUUAGUGGUUAAUAAUCCACCAUUAUUAGACACUAACAUCCGCCACUACACAAUUUUUAACAAGAAAAACAUAACUGCUAUAGUGACGCUUCCCGAUCCCGCCAAAAAGUCCCAGUGACGCCUUAGUCUGUACAAAGCUUAAAACUGUGCAUAGAUGUCAUUCCUUUUAGAAUUCAAUUAAGUUAUUGUUUAAAUUUCAAGAGGUGAUUGUGCUUAUUUUAACCUGUUUAACAAAUAGUUAUUUUGCAAUCAAGAGGCUAAUAAAAAUAACAGUUUGUAUCUACUUUUUAUUUAACAAGUUUCAAAUAAUUUAAGUUUGCUGAAUUAAUUUAUCAAUUUAAAUAGGAUGAAAGUUACCCUUUCGUUGUAAUUAAUCCUAUAAUUUUAAAUUAAACUUAAUGGUUACUUAACUCAUUUUAAAUAGCUAAAAGUGAAAAAUUAAUCCAUCAGCUACCAUUUACAUACCGGGGUAUUAAAAUGAAAAAUAUUCUUCAUUCAUGAAAAUAUACAAUUAUGGAAAAAAAACCAAAUGAUGUUUUUUUUAAGGGCCUAUCGCGAAUAUCUACUUGACAAUUGUUACUGAACACGUUUGGCAAUCGAUUAAGUAGUUAUUUGUGUGAAUUGGCAAUGUUUUGGCAAUAAUAUAUGAAACAAUAAAUAUUGUAUUAUCUUGUUUAAGAAUAGCAAAGUUACUAAUGGAAUUGAUUAUAAUUAUAGUAAAAUCUUGUAUUAGGUACCUAUUUAAGUUAUAUUUUUAUUUUAACAAUGGCAAUAUUUAAAUAAUCCUCAAAAAUUAUAAAUGAUGAACCCAUUGUUUUUUUUUAUUUGAGAAUUAAUUACUAUUUUUGAUGGUCAUUUAAAUAUGUGCCUUUAAACAAUAACGAAAAAUUAUGUAACACAAUUAUUUAAGUACUUUAUAAAAGGCAACAGCGCAAAGAGUUAUAAAAAAAUAUAUAAGUUGUACCCUAAUAUUAUUCUCAAAUGAAAAUAAUUUGCAGAGUAAAAUAACAUGAUGUGCUGUUCAUUGUUUUACUUUUACUGGUAUUUAUAUUAUAAUUGUAUAUUCACACGAGCACGGACUUCCAAAUGUAUAUUGGAUGAAAAUAAAAUAUCUUUUACAUAA